AUGAAUGGAUUCGAGAGGAGGUGUUUAUGUGAUGCAGAAGAGACUUUAGUGAAGCGUUAUGGUCAGUCGUGGCAUAAGAUGUAUGCUAGUGGAAACGGCUGUAAAAAUAGUAUGAUCACAGAUUUAAAUAAAUGGGAGAAAAAGAACCGCGAGAUUGUCCGACAAUUGUUAAGGAAAACAAUCGCUUCUUCAUGUCAAUCAUGGGUUGACAAAAAAAUGGAGAGUUUUAAAAAAGAAUUUGAGAAAACAUGGAGCCAUUUUCUAAAAUAUCCUGAAAUUUGUAGGCUGAUCGGGAAAGCUAAUCUACUUCCGCUCCUGUCCCCUAUCACCCCUAAGGAUGCGUCUCCCAGUCGAACCGAAACUGUACAAACAGGAGUUCUCGAGAGCAAUACACAGCCGUCACCGCCACUAACAUCGCUGCGCAGCCUGGCUGAAUUUAUCGAACAGAAUGAAAUAAUUCUCAGUCCCGUAGAAAUUCACCCGAUGCGUUUACGUCCAAAACCCGGUUAUGUCUAUGUGCUAAAAAAUCCGGCAUUCAAAGAUGGAGUGUAUAAAAUUGGACUGACGGAAAGAAAUGUGCAAAAACGCAUGAACGAGUUGCAUACUACCGGGGUACCUUUGCCUUUUGAAGAAAUCCACUCUUGGUCGUCGGAUGUACCAAAGUCGUUCGAAUCAAUUAUGCACGGUAUCUUUCGAAAAGUUCGUGUAAAUCGGAGACGGGAAUUCUUUCAGGCUCCUCCAGGCUUGAUUCAAAAAGUAGGCGACCUAGUACUCUGCGUUCUUAAGGAACGGGAAAUAUAA